AUGUGCGUCCACUUCCAGUCCUGGAACCGCUGCUCCUCCUGCCUCCUCACCUUCAACCGCCGCCGCAACCGCGUCCCCUGCUGGAACGGCUCCCUCUCCCACUGGCGAAUCCACCACCACGGACUAUCCUGCCGCAACGGCCAGUACGAGCGCGCCCCCGACGAGGUCUACACGCACAGAUGCUGCGAGGCCUGCCGUCUCGAAGCGGCAAACAGAGCAGCAGCGGACGAGAAAUCAGGCGGUGCAGUGGAGACUUCUGACGAGACGGCCGUGGCAAGACUGGGAUGGAGGAACGGGAAACGGGCCGGCCGACUUGCGGCUGCGGCAACGACGAGGAGAAGGAGGGCUACGAACGUGAAGAAGAUGCUGCUGCUGCGGUGGUGGGCGCUCAAAGAGGCUUUGUGCGGACGAGGUAGUGUGUGUAAGCGGAAAGGGGGGGAGAAGAGACUUGCUCGAGCGAGGAUAUGGAUGCUGGGAUACUUGUAAAAAAAACACAGGCAAUCAACGACGGCCAAAUGUGCCUUUUCCUAU